AUGGGGAGCAAAUGGAGUGGCUUGGUGCUGAUCCUUUCUCUGUGCCUGGGCUCCUACCAAGCCGGGGCCAGCCCCCUCCACGAGUGCAGCGAGCGGCCGGAGGAUUGGUGCCGGGACGCGGCCACCGCGGCCAAGUGCGGGGCGCUGGAGCUGUGCCGGCUCACGGCGUGGGACCGGGCUCUGGGGAAGGGGAUCCCCUGUCACCUGUGCCAGGUGGCAGUGUCUGUGGUGGGCAAGAUCCUGCAGGACAACCGCACGGAGGAGAAGCUGAGGCUGUUCUUGGAUAAGAGAUGCCAGUACCUGCCCUUCCAGGACUGGUCUGUCAAGUGCAAGAGGAUGGUGGACACGGGCAUCCUCGUCCUUGUCCAGCUGGGCAAGCAAGUGCUGUCGGAGCCCAAGGUGGUGUGUGGGACCAUCCGGCUGUGCCAGCGCCGGGACGGAGCCACCACGGGCACGCCGAGGUUCCAGCAGCCCCCAGCAGCUGCCACGGGCCCCAGCCAGGACUUUGCUGACCUCAUUGCCCCCUUCAUGGCCAACGUGCCCCUGCUGCUCCAUCCCCAGGAUGUGCCGCACGGCGAGGCCCAGGAGAUGGAGGCGGUGUGCGGGGACUGCCUGCAGCUGGCCAGGGCCGUGCGCGAGGCGCUGGGCACCGACUCUGCCUUCAGCUGGGCGCUGGUGGCACACGCCAAGCGGCUGUGCCAGGCCCUGCCACCCGUCCUGGCACUGCAGUGCCAGCGCUCCCUGGCUGAGUACACGGACACGGCUGCCCAGCUCCUGCACUACCUGCAGGCUGAGGACCCGUCAGAGCUGUGUGGCCAGCUGGGACUCUGCGCCUCCAGCUCGGCGCUGCCCCUGCACACGCUGCUCACCGAGAGGCUGAUGCAGCUCCUGAGCCUGCUGGGGGACAGGGUGGGGAGCACUCCGCUGUGCGACGUGUGCCAGUUCACCGUGAAGACAGUGGAGAGCCUGCUGGAGAACAACGUGACGGAGGAGCAGCUGGUGGACGACAUGGAGAAGGUGUGCUACAUGCUGCCGCACGGCGUCAUCGGGCAGUGCAAGGACUUCGUCAACUCCUACGGCAAGGCCGUGGUGACCAUGCUGCUGCAGGCCACCGACCCCGCGGCCGUGUGCGCGCUGGUGCACUGCUGCCCCCGCCUCGGGGACACCCGGCACGGGGCCGAAUCCCUGGAGCAGCUGGCGGUGAGCGCCGGUGCCUUCUGCAACGUCUGCCAGAUCGUCAUCACCUACUUGGACAACGAGCUGCUCAAGAACGAGACGCUGGAGGAGCUGGGCGAGGUGCUGGAGAAGGGCUGUGCCAUGCUGCCCAUGCCGCUGACCAGCAAGUGCCAGGCGAUGGUGUUGCAGUACGAGCCGGCGGCCGUGCGGCUCUUCGUGCAGAUGAUGGACCCCACCUUUGUCUGCACUAAAAUCAGAGCCUGUGACUCAGGCAAGGAGGAUCUCCUGGGCUCGGCGCCCUGCGUCUGGGGCCCGCAGUACUGGUGCAAGAACAUGGCCACGGCGGUGGAGUGCAAUGCCGUCGCGCACUGCCGGCGCCACGUGUGGAACUAG